AUGGAGUUAGGGUCAAAGGUCAAAGUCAGGGGCCUAUAUGGUGUUAUAAAAUUUAUGGGAUUCACAAGUUUUGCUCCUGGAGAAUGGAUAGGAAUUGAAUUACAAUCUCCUAAAGGCAAAAAUAACGGAUGCAUUCAAGGAGUUAGGUAUUUUGAAUGCCAAGAGAAACAUGGUAUUUUUGUCAGAAAAACUCAAGUUAAUAUCCUCCAACAGUCAACAGAAAGUAAAGACGGCGAAUUAAUUUUUUCCCUAGACAAGCAGGAAGCUGAGCUAAAGAGCGAAACCAACAGGGCCAUACCGCUAGAAGAGCCCUCGCAGAUGAUUUUAGAGGAAGGGGAAGAGUCCAGUCGCCUCGGGCGUGAAAACAAUGAAGCUGCAAAUAAACUAAAGCAAUAUGAUCGAAUGGCGGCCACGAUUAACCAGUUUGAAGAGCACAGGGAGCACUGGAUGAGCUCGCAGAGAGACCUUCUACAGAAGCUACGUGAUUCCGAGCGCGCAACUCAGGAAGGUCUUAAAAGGUCGGCCAGUCUGGAGAAGGAGCUCUUAGAGCUCCACGAAGCCCUGGAGCUGGCCACUCUCGACAAGGAAAUGGCGGAGGAGCGCGCAGAGUUGUUAUCUUUCGAGUUUCAGUCGUUAAAGGAAGAGAACGAAGAACUUCGCCAAGAGAUUAGCGUGUUAAAAGAGGAGAUGGCGUCGGACUGUACCGAGUCAAAGGCGGGCUCUGCAGCGCUUAGAAGCCUUGAAGCGCAGAAUAUGCGACUCAAGGAGGCUCUUCUCCGCCUUCGCGACCUCUCGUCUUCCGAAAGUUUUGAAGCGAGAAAUACUCUCGCUGCGCUCCAGAAGGAAGUGUCUAGCUUGAGGGCUGUUGAGGAAAAAUAUGCGGAAGAAAAAAAAGCCAAAGAGCUUCUAGAGGGCCAAGUCGACGAGUUAAAGCUACAACUUGACGAUGCCGCCACUGCUGAGACGCUGGUCGAGAAGCUGACCGAAAAGAACCUCCACUUGGAGGAAAAGCUUCGAGCUCUUAAAAAUUCCGCUGAGCAACUCGAAUUGCUACUGCAAAUGGCGGAGGAGAUGGAAGUGCACCAUGCGGAUAUCCAGAGACGGCUCACGGAGGAGCUUGACUUUUGCAAAUCAGAGCUUUCCGAAGAGAAUUGCCGGCUUCGGCUGGCUAAUGAGAAAAUUACUGCCUUAGAGCAAACGAUUAGCAAGUACAAGUCCCUUGUGGCUGCCCUUAAUGAGCAAAUAUUGAGCCUUCGCCAGAGCAGCGAUGUGAUGGCUGGAACCCAGAACUCUUCGCAGUUGGAAUUGAGCUUGAGUUUCCAGUUAAAAGAGGCUCUCUCAAAAGCACAAAACCAGGCACUUGACAUGACGCUUAAGACCCGUCUGUUGGACGAGUAUCGACUCCACGUGGAGUUAGUACAACUGUUUAUGCUCUCCUCUUUCAGGCAGGAUCAAGGCGUUAUAGAGGCUAUUUUGUUGUUGAGCCGCCUGCUUUUAAAAGCCACCUCCAUUGCAGAGCAUCUACGGCACAUGUUCCAACUUGACUUAUAUCUGGACCCACUCUCUCACUCUCCUGAAACGGACAUCUCUCUAUUGACAUAUGUCGCACAACUUUUGAAAAGGCUCGUCGAUAUUUCGGCGACUGUCACCGAAGUGGGCGUGAAACUUUAUUCUUCGACGGAGGAAGAGCUUUUGUCGCUGCUUGCAUACACAAAAGACUUGAAUCUCUCAGAAAACACGCUAGACGAAAUUAAGAAGCUUGCCGACUCGGGAAACCUCUCAUCCAGCUAUGAGCUUCACACACUCGACAGCGUCAGUGACUGUCUUCAAAGCUUGCUGCGUGCUACGGCAAAAAGCACUCGCUCCCCUGUUAAUUCACCUCUUCUUCGCAAUAUGCUGGCGCUGUUUUUAUCCGCCCUUGAGGUGCUACUUAGCGAUUUUAAGACCAUCAUAAGAGAAAGCGAACCGUCCGAGUUUCCCAUUACCUCAUUAGCGACGUGCUUUUGGAAGCUUCGCAAUUCAGUAAAAAGAGCGUUGGAGAGGCUUCCGUCCGUUACUGUCCUUGGUGUAGACCCCUCCUGGUACAAGGCCAUGGCGUACAAGAGCAAUGGAAGAGUUGCAGCGGAUCUUCAGAAUAAUUUGAGUAUAUUACUAGAAAGACUAGCAGAUUUUUCUAAUGUUCUCUCCACGUGCAAGAAAAUGGGCACCUCCACUCUCUGCACUCUUGUCGACCCUGCAGCUGGUGAGGCUACGACCAUGCGACUGGAACGAGUACUAACAGACUGCGACUUGGAAACAAGAAGCACCGAGUUCAUGCGCCUCCUCUGCGCCUUUAUAGAAACCGCGGCACCGUCUUCUGAACCAGGAAAAGUCCAUCCCCUUCUUUUAAGGGCGAAGACGUAUAAGGAAGCGCUCCGAGAACAUGCAGAGUACAAGCGCAAGUUAGACUUCAAAGAAGAAGAGACUUCUGAAUACGUAACGCAACUGCAGCAAAAAGACACUGUCAUUUCCGAGUGCAAGGUCAAGAUCGACUGCCUCACACGUAAGGUAGAGCAGAUGGCCUUUCAAGCAAGCCAAGCGAAGGAGUGUAAGGGUAGAAUACUUCUUCUGGAAUCGAGUGAAGUAAAACUGAAGGAGACAAUAAACGAGCUUCGAAGCGACAUUGAAAUUCUAAAGGCCAAAAAACACAAUCUUGAACGGAGCUCGAGAGACAAAAACACAGAUCAAGGCAUUCGCUCAAGUGCUGCUACCGAAAAACCGACUUGGUUCGAGAAUUCGAGUGACUCAUCUCGUACAAGUGAGCGGUCUUCUACUUUCCAGCUUGAUUCAACGGCCAUAAAUUGUCUAUACAAACUUCUGGACCAAAACAUCCGCCUAAAAAAUGAGCUUAACACCGCUCAGCUUUGGGACGUCCCCCCGCUUCAGUUGGUUACAUAUUACCCCACACAAGCCGAAGCAACGCUAAGAAAAUACCAACAGGAAGUAACGAAGUGGAUAGUGCGGCAAACGGUCGUCAACGUAGCAAAGGACGCUGCAGGUGCUAAAGAAAACUAUCUAGCAACCCAGCACCAAACAGGCGUGCACCUUGCGGACAUGCUAUCGGAUUUAAGCAAAUACAGGGUUUUCCUGUCCAAGAAGGGGAACAUAGCGAAGGCUGCUCAAGAAAAGUUGAAGUUGCUGGGCACUAUCGACUUGCCAAGAGGUCCCAAGCUUGCCGACGACGCAGUUGUCCUAAAUAGAAAGCAACUUGUUUCUCUCCAUAAAACUUUUGUUUCAUAAAGAAUUCUCUUAGUCAA